AUACCCCAGCAAAUCCCAGGGCCCCCAGGCAUGGCCAGUUCGUGUGCCAUUCAAGUGAAACUGGAGCUGGGGCACCGAGCCCAGGUUAGGAAGAAACCCACUGUGGAGGGCUUUACCCAUGACUGGAUGGUGUUUGUUAGAGGACCCGAGCACAGUAACAUUCAGCACUUUGUGGAGAAAGUCGUCUUUCACUUGCAUGAAAGCUUCCCUAGGCCAAAAAGAGUGUGCAAAGAUCCACCCUAUAAAGUUGAAGAAUCUGGGUAUGCUGGUUUCAUUUUGCCAAUUGAGGUUUACUUCAAAAAUAAGGAAGAACCAAAGAAAGUACGAUUUGACUAUGACUUAUUCCUGCACCUUGAAGGCCACCCACCUGUAAAUCACCUCCGCUGUGAAAAGCUCACAUUCAACAACCCAGCAGAGGAAUUCAGAAGAAAGCUCCUAAAGGCAGGAGGGAUCAUGGUAAUGUCAGAUGGCACAUCGUUCCCUUCAGGACAGAGCCUUCAUCUCCCCAACCUCCCCCGUAACUCCCUACCUUUUUCAGAAGUGAAGAAGAAAUCAUCUCAUGGACUAAAGGACAGAACUAAGAAUAUGAAUGCAAAUAGCAGCAGCAGCAGUAGUAACAGUUUUUCAAAGCCCCACAAAUUAACAAAAGAGCACAAGGAAAAAUUUUUGAAAGACUCAAAAGAACAUAAAAGUGCCUUCAAAGAACCUUCCAGGGAACACAGCAAAUCUUCCAAAGAAUCCUCUAAGAAACCCAAAGGAAACAAACUGCUGAAAGAUGAAAAAAUAGUUCCUAAGAUGGCCCUCAAGGAACUCAAAUCCAUGUCCAAGGAGCCAAAAUCUGAAAACAUAACCAUCCUCACCAUAACAGGUCGACAGCAGCAAGAAAAGAAGGUCCCUACAAAAAGGUCCUCUGUUAUAGAUUCUGAUGAACUUUCUGCUAAAAAAAGGAAAAAAAGUAGCUCGGAGUCUUUAUUUAAAAGGUUUUCUAGUGCUUCCCCACUGAUUCUUACUUGUUCAGCUGACAAAAAGCAAACACAAGAUAAAUCUCAACUCAAUAUGGGGAAAGUCAAAAUGGACAGUGAUACAGUGGAGAAGAAAAAGCCUUCUUUGCCACCAUUUGGUGAUACUGUGGGUCCCAAUGAUUCUGAUAAAGAGGAGGAAAACUUGUCUUCCAAAUCUGAAUCUGAACAUCCCAGUCCUGCCAGUUCCAGCUCCAGUUCCAGUCUUACACCAUCUCAGAACAGCAGACAACAAGGUCCCUUGCAGUCUAUAAUGAAAGAUCUGCAUUCAGAUGAUAAUCAAGAUGAAUCAGAUGAAGCAGAUAAGAAUGACAAUGACUCUGAGUUGGAAAGACCAGUAAAUACACAUGAAGGAAGCAAAAGUCACAGGGUUAGUGUAAGUGAUGGCAGUGACAGUGACAGCAGUUCAGCUUCGUCACUACUACAUUGUGAACCACCACCACCUUUAUUAAAAACCAGCAACAACCAGAUUCUAGAAGUGAAAAGUCCAAUAAAGCAAAAUAAAUCUGAUAAACAAAUAAAGAAUGGCGAUUGUGAUAAGGCAUAUCUCGAUGAACUAGUAGAGCUCCACAGAAGAUUAAUGACAUUGAGAGAGAGACAUGUACUGCAGCAGAUAGUAAAUCUUAUAGAAGAAACUGGACACUUUCAUAUCACAAACACAACCUUUGACUUUGACCUUUGCUCACUGGACAAAAGCACAGUCCGUAAACUACAGAGUUAUCUGGAAACACCUGGAACCUCCUGAGGAUACAGCAUGUGGCUGCAUCAAAAACUUUUUGAAAGAAAGCAUUUAGAGUGAUGCAACCAAAAUGGGGGAAAAAAUAA